UAGCGAAUUCUAAAGUUUUUGCUGCCGUUGUGUGUUCACGUCACGACACAUUACGUGGACACGUGAACUUGGAAAGCCGCACAUAAAUCAAGCAUUACUGCAUUUCGUGGAAUGCCUAUAUUGCAUUCUGAGGGCCAUCGUAAUUUUCGACAUAAAAUAUCUAUUAUGGUUUAAGUGGAAGAAUCGGUAUUUUAGCACUGAAGUUUCCAAGACUUAAAAGUUGCAAAAUAUGCAACUUCCUUCAAUUUUUGACAAUAUAUAAUUUGAAUGGUUGGGAAUUCGACAAUGAAAAAUAUCGUUGACAUUUAACUCGUUGACAGAUAUUAUUUGAAAGGAACUUAGCUAACGUAGCCUACUAGCCUAUUUAUUUUUCUUUUUGAAUUUUAUUCUGUAUAAGUUACGGUAGAUAUUAAACUAGCUACUAAUACGGACGACUCUACCCGUCUACCGUUUGGCGUUACCAAAUACCUAGUAAUACCUAUUAGGCUAGCUACCGGAGUGCCGGUAGUAUUGACAGUAAAGAAUGGACAGCGAAGUUCUUGAUGUUCUUGAAGAUCUGGGGUAUGAGGAACCUUUAGCUGAUAAUACAGCUUUAUCAAAACUUAUUGAUGGAAAUGAUGGUGGUCCAAAAUGCCCAGCAUUUACCAAACUUGUGGCUUGGGCAACAGGAGAACUAAGAGUGCUUCUCCAACUUGAAGAACAUGUGAAUGCCACUGCAGGUCCAGAUGAUCAUGCUUCUUUUUGUAUGGAAGUCUCAGCUUUUCUUAAGGAAAUGGGCUGCCCACAUCCUGCACUCAUGGAAGGUUCUGCCACUGACCGCCUGAGUAACAGGAAAGGUCGUUUGUUGCUCCUGCAUUUCAUUCUCAUUGAGCUGAUGGCAGCUCGGAUGACACAGGCACACUCUCCUCAGCAGGGUCUCAAGCUUAAAAUGACGGAAACCAGUCAAGCAAAGGACUUAAAGCAGCUUCUUGUCACCCUGGGCUUUCCAAAACCUCCUAAUAAUAUUACUCCUCAACAACUGUUUGGCAAAGCACAUCAAAAACUUACGGAAGUACUAAAGAAAGCUCCUCCAAGCCUCGUGGGUAAACCUCUGUUUCAUGAGACACUGUCAGAGAAGCAGUGGAAUAUGCUUCAGGAAAUUCAGGACGAGAUGUUCCAGGAGUACACAAUGCGUCGGCAGAUGAUGAUCAAACGACUUGAUCUCACGUUUCAGAGCUUUCAGUGGUCUGACCAAGGCAAGAGCCGGGAGAACGACCUCGUAGAAGCGUUCCUCAGUCGCCGUGACCGGCUACAGGAAACUCCUGACGUCAGUCUUGGCCAUCUUCUGGCUGCUCGGGAGGACUUGGCUGUCCUUGAGAAAACUAGCAACGCCUCCGUCAGGAAAAACACAUCCUCAGCUCUUAAUAAGGUGCUCAUCGGGCGCGUCCCUGACCGUGGCGGGCGCCCUGACGAGCAGGCGGCCCCGCCUCCUGAGAUGCCAUCCUGGACCCAGCGGCAGCCCGGUGGCGGUGGCGGCGGCGGUGGUGCAGGCGGUGGCGGUUUUAGAGGCCAGCAACACCACCAGCAACAGGAUCAGUAUUCUGGAGGUCGUGGUGGUCGCGGCGGCAGCCGAGGAGGUGGCGGUGGUGGAAAUUUUUCCAGCGACCGCGUUCAAGGCGGGUGGAACCAAGGUGGCGGUGGUGGUGCAGGUGGAUUUGGCAGUUACAGCAAUCGGGGUGGUGGUUCAAAUGGUUUCUCACACGGAGGUGGAUACGACAACCGCGGAUACGAUAAUAGAGGCAAAGGUGGUUAUGGAGACGGCGGUGGAUAUGGAGGGGGCGGUGGUGGAGGAUACGGAGGCAGCGGUGGUGGUGGAUAUGGAGGCAGCAGCGGCGGCGGUGGAUAUGGAGGAGGUGGGGGAAGAGGUGGACGAGGUCGCGGGAGAGGUAGAGGACAGCGGUAUUAAGCCUCACAAUCUUACGUUUAACUCUUGUCAAAUGUUUCAGUUUCGUAAUUACUUUGUUAUGACCUCAGCCUCUGAAUCCAAAGGGGUCGUUUCUCUACAAUCGACAGUGGAUUGCCCUGUUAUCGUAAUAUUCAGCAGCUAACAUUUAUAUUUAUUUACUACGCUUGAUAUGUUGAUAUGUAGUAUGAAGUAUUCACAUAUUUUAGCUCCUCUACAAAUAUUAUUUAUUUCAGUGCAUGCUUUGGAUCUUGACCUCGUUAAAUGUGUUCUAUUUUCCAUAUUUUGUGUGUACUCAAUUUUCUAAUAGUUGAACUAUAUGUGAGACGGACUUGGUGAACGGCUUACAGAAUCUCGAGAUUUGACUCAACAACCUUGCUGGAGAUCAGGUGGGGUCGAUAGUCAUUCUAAGAUGAACAAAAAUAAUUUUAGCCUUCCUCCCUGAAUGUUAGUCGUCAGUUUAAAUACUAGAUCCCCGAACGUUACGGACAAUGAUUUAUCGAUUUAGUGUUUAUUUAAUAGCCUGCGAAGAAAGCAAUAAAAUCAACGAUCAAAAACUUUUCAUAAGAUUUCUCUGGUGAAAACUUGGCAAUUUAAGUCCCACGCCUCUUGUUCUUCGAAGCCAAAUUUCGUGGAUGUGGAGUGAGAUUCUAAUGUAAUCUGUAGUCUUCACAUGCUACUCCAGCAGCUUGAUAAAGUGUGAUUGAACCAA